AUUAGCGUUUAGUGUUAGAAGAAAGAAUAUUCAAUUUUUAUAAAUUUGUCAUACCUCUGAAACGUUGUGUAAAUUGUGUAAAUUUGCAAAAAGUGAAUGACCGUUCAAUAUGAACAGGAAACUGGUUCUUAUAGUUCUGCUAAUUUUAACAAGUGUUUGUUCGGUAUCAAGUACUGAUGAUGGUGACGAUAACGAUCGAAAUGAUACUACGAAAUCUCCUCAGGGAGAAGAUGACGAGAACGACAACAGUUCCACGAUUGCAGAUUCCACUACCUCAGUUUCAUUUUCAUCAGACGAUUACGAUGAAGACGUCGUCAACGACGAUGAAGACGUCGUCAACGACGAAGAAGACGAAGAGGACGAAUACGACCACAAAGUCUACAAAACAAAACGAUGGAUUCGAACUUUCGUCUUUAUGAUUGGAAUUGCAUGGGAGCAGUAUUUUCCCAAUUCAAAUGACACUGUAAAGGAAGAAAUUGGUCCGAAACUCCGUGUGGGUCAAUUGUGUGGCUUGUUGAAACAGGAUUUAAAGGAAGCUUACCAGAAAAAGUGUACGAAAUUGUCCGGGGAUGAGAAUGCGUACGCUGAAUUGAGUAGCGCAAAGGACGAAUUGAAAAAUUCGUUGGUAAUGUGGCUGAAAUAUCAGUAUGAGACUAUUAAGAAUGCUACAAAAGCUAAAGAUUUCAAAUUAGUCGCAACGACAUUUUGCCAGAAGCGAGAUGAACUGUUCGGGUACGUGAAUGAUUUUAGGAUGCUGAAAGAUCGCUGUUCUUUUCCACGCGAAAUCAAAAGAGAAAACCACAUACGGGACAUUCUGAAAGCCAUUUCGGAUUCAGUUUGCUCUAAUGGCGGAACCGACCUGGCUUCGCUGGUUUCUCGUGAUGGCGAAGGACGAAAAUGUGUUAUGAUCAACAAGGACGAAAUUCUGACAUGCGGAAAUAAGGCACUCUACGCGUUUUUGAAGAGAGUUGUGAAAAAGUUCAUCGAAAACGAAUAUUUUGAAUUCAAAAUGGACAAAGACGAUUGCGAUGAAUUCGAUGCUGUGUCGGAAUGUUUCGUUUCAUCAGUUGAAAACUGUGUAGAUCCAAUUGCUAAAAAUCAAUUUACGUCGAUCUUUACGAUUUUCCGUGAACAAACCAACUGUGCAACGAUUACAUAACUCAUCAUCUUGUCGUUACUAGAUAUUUCGAUUGGAAUAAAUAAAAUCUUCGUGAAAAAAAUCCUAA